GCUAAAGAUCCUUCUUCGAAGAAGAACGAAAGGGACGGUUGGUGGGCUUGUUUGCUACGGGCUCGUGUCUUGCCACCUCCCUUAGUGGAGGCUUUUUACGAGGUUGAAUUGGUUGCACUUGGUCCUGCCCAUCUUUCUGUGGAAUAAUUCGUUCGUCAAAGAUUCCUGUUGCUUAAAAUAAAGUCCCUUGGCGUCGACAGGCUUCAUUCCUUUACUGGAGCCAUGGCUUUGGGAAUGGUCUCCCGAUUGAAGCAUUGCUUGUGGAUUGGUCUUGAGGCUGCCCAACUGCAGAAUACUAACAUUGGAAAAUAAGAAUAAAGAAAAUCUCAUGCAUCAGGACCGAAGGCCUGCCCAUCAUUUUAUUGUGGUCUCUGCAUGCCAUGGAUCUUAUGGACAAUUAAUUGAGGAUUUUUGCCUCAGCAAAUUUAAAUCUGACAUGGAAAUUCUCAGGAAGAUGCUGUGGUGCGAUUGGGAUAAGACUUUGGACUGUUACAAGGAGCUUACCAAUUGCACCAUCCUGAUAUCUGAGAAACUGGAUUGUUAUUGGCCAAACCAACUGGUGGAUCAGUUCUUCAUAACAAUUCAUAGGCACUACUUCAAAAGUUGCCCUGUUUCAGGAAGGGCUGUAGGAGACCCCCCUAACACAAUUUUAUGCCCAUUCAUUGUUGUACCAAUUUUUAUCACCCUAUUCAUGAUGGCAUUGGUAGUGUGGCGAAGCAAAUACAGUGAAAGCAUUAUUUAAACUUUUUCAAUAACAUUGGUGAAGAUGAACCCCAAAGUUUCCAACCUGCAAGCUGUACUGAAGUCUAUUUUGCUGUUUCUUUGAUAGAGUUCUGGAUACCAGAACAAAGUAUUUUUAGGUGGUAUCUAAUAGCAAACUUUCUGCUACCUAGAGAAAAAAACUGUAUUCUUCUUGAGUUAACAAAUAUUUUGCUUAAGUCAAGAGAAUGCAUUGAGAAAUUGUUCUCGUUGUCUGAACUGGUAUUAAUAUUACGGACAUGCUUGUACUAUUGCUGCUUCAAUCUUCUUCAAAUUUAAGCUUCUCUUUCCUGAUUCCUUCAAUAUAUAUUUUAUUGUCCUUGGUAAUUACACAUUUCCCUUGGGCUUAUGCACUAUUUUUUUUAGAUAAAGUAAUUUAAAAAAAAUGUAGGUAUGUGUAUGAUGAGAUAAAUCAUUUCAGUUUAUUUUGUUGGUUAAAAUCACUGGAAAACCAAUAUAUAUUGUUCAUUGUGUUAAUUUUUCUGGCUGAAAAAUUAACACAGCAGCAGUAUUUUUUAGCAAAUCCUAAUUCAGUGAAAUAUUAUCACUAUUUCUUAAGCAUGUUAAUGUUUUACCUAAUAGAUUACUUUUGUAUGAACAAAUGUUCACUAUAAAUAUUUUUAUAUGGACAUUAAUUAGUGCAGAAAAUUAUUCACAGGACAAAUCUUUAUCAAAUUAUUGGCAAAAUAUUAAAGUUUGCAAUAUACCAUUCUGAAGAAAUGCUUUCUUAUAAAAAUUGUAAUAAAAUAAGUAGUAUAAAUAUGAUAAAGCAAACAAAUUUCUUAUAAAACCUAUGGUACUAAGAAAUUUAAUAGUAAAGUAGUAAAUUUAUUACUAAAGAAAUGCUUGGAUUUGCUAUACAAUAUUGGUGGCAACAGCUAAUUUCUGAUUACCUUUGGUAAAAUUCCCUACUCUGAGGACAAAAACAUCUACAAAUUGGCUCACAGCUGUUGGCUAGUCCAUGUGUGCAUGUAAGAGACUAUGAGCUGGAGAAUGAAAAUAUGCUAUAAGCUAUAAUUAUAAAUAACAUUGUUUGAACAAUAAAACCCAACCAAAACAUGUAAGCUUUGGAUUGCUCUGGACUUGGUUUGGAUAUGAUUUAUUUUUCAUAUUUUGCUAUAUCAAAUCCUACUCGCUAAGCAUUGCACUUUCAUAGGAAAUGUAGUGUAUAAAUGAGAGACUAACAGUUAUAAUCAGCAGAAAUUGUUUGUUUUCAGGAAUCCGGUCUCUCAGAAAAAUGUAUAUUCAGUGGGGCUAAUGGAGCAAUCACUCAACCAGCAGAAGCUAAGAAAAAGAAGUCAGGCUGAUGAGGAGGGGAAGAAAGAAGCGAAUACUGAGUGACUCCAUUCCUGAACUAAUGAAUUCAUGUGUGAACUCAACCAGCUGUGGUUUAUUCAGUCAACAGUUACUAAGCAAACUAUGAGUUAUAAGAAUGAACUACCUACUUUUCCCCAUCAAAUUGUGUUGUAUUGUAUUGUAUGACUUUAAAUAUAAUUAUGCAGU